AUGGUAUUAGAGAACUUUGGCAUAACUCAGUUUGUGUACAGGAAUUCUGGAGUGCAGGGAGAGCUGUACAACAAGGUUAUUAAAGGUAAUCUGUGGCUUCAAAAAGAGAUGGAAUGUCUGGGAAUGACAGCAAUGCCCUUACCUCUGGUCAUUCAAGCAAGUGAAGCCCCUCACCGGCUCUUGACUUCUGCAGCCUCGGAUGAUCAGUGGAGCCAUUCACUGUUUGCUUUGAUACCCUCAUGGACAAAGAAGAUUUUGUUCAAACGAGAGUCUUCUGUUAACCGCCAACUGACUUUUCCACUUCCUCCACAGCCUGAAGAUGUGUCCAAUAUAUCAGUGUCGUCUGGAUUUGGAAUAACCCUUCAGAAAUGUGGUGUGGUGGAUGUUGAACAUGACCCUCAAACUGCAUACAUUACACUUCUGAUUAAUAACACCAACAUGCUGCUUUCAACAAAUGUUACAGAUCUUAUCCUCCUGGACAAUAUCACUGGUCUACAUGUUCAAAAAAACAGUGGUAAUGAGACCACAGAUGGCAUACAGAUUUACAGGAAAAGAUUCUUGCAAGGUAACAAAAUCUGCAGGGAAAAUAAAACACAUCUCGUAUCAUUGACAGCAUCGUUCACCAUAACUGAAGAAGAAAAGACCAAGAUUUCGUACAGCCAUGCCAUCCAUGCUUCAGGGUUCUUCAUUGCUUUUUUUGUUUCCCUUGUAUUGACAUGUGCUGGUUUUUUCAUUGUUUACCGAACCCAAAUAUUAAAAUGGAGUUUCCAUAGUAAAAACCAGGAGAUACAGCAUGAGCUCAGUCAAAAUCACAAACUGGAGCAUUCUCAGUUUAAUUCAGGUGAUCUCUUCAGUGAAGAUAUAAUUAUGAAUGAUCAAAUCAUCGAUAUUCUGUCCUUUGAAGAAUCUGGGAACAUGCUUCAGGCUUUAGAAGACUUGGAGGUUGCCAGCCUGACGCGGGCAGAUGCUGAUCUGGAGGCAUAUCGAGUGCAGAUAUGUAAAGAAGUGAUUGCUCUGAUGAUGAAGAACAUGGUCUUAAGUCAUAGCCUCUUUCCUCAUGUGGAGAAGAGGAUGAGUUCAAUUUUCAAAAAGCAGUUUCUUGCAAUGGAGAAAGAGAUUCAGGAGGAGUAUGAAAGGAAGAUGGUGGCUUUAACAGCUGAAUGCAAUCUGGAAACUAGGAAGAAAAUGGAGGCUCAAUGCCAAAAAGCGAGAGCUGCAAAUGAAGAGGCUGAAGAAUUAAUGAAGAAAAUGAAUGAAAAGCCUGCUGUAGAAUACAGAAGUCUUCUGGAUAGACUUCACAGACUGGAGCGGGACCUCCUGAAGAGGUUCCUUCUGUUAAAGCAGGAGGAAUAUUAUGCAAAGGCUUAUAGACAGCUGGCUGUUACCCAGAGAAAGGAGCUUCAUAGUAUCUUUUUUACACAGAUAACAAAUGCUACUUUCAAGGGAGAACUGAAGUUGGAAGCAGCUAAAACAUUAGUGGAAGAUUACUCUAAAAUACAGGGAGACAUUGAAGAGCUAAUGGAUUUUUUGCAAGCUAGCAAGAAAUAUCAUCUGAAUAGAAGAUUUGCUUACAGAGAGUAUCUUAUAAGUAAGAUACAGUUAAGGGAUUCUCAAGCCUCUGCUCUUAUAACUGCAGCAGCAACCCAGAUAUCAAGUCUCAUUAAUAAGAUGGAAAGAGCAGGUCAUCUACCUGAAAGUCAUUUGGGAGUGCUGCUGGACCGAGCUGAGGCUGAAAUUAAUUCUGUUAAGCAGAAAUUCGAUCAUGAUUUAAAACAAGAAAAGCAAAAGCUUCACCAGAAACUCAUUACCAAGCGAAGGCGGGAAAUGCUACAAAAGAAAGAGCAUCGGAAGGAGCAGCUGUCACUUGGAGACCCCUUCAAAACUACUAAGGAGGUCACUCACUACCUGAACCACUGGAAAAAUCUUCUGAGUGAUCACACCGUUGAAUUUGAAGAACUUAAUAAAAAGCUUGACAAUGAGGCCAGUGAAGAGCUGAAAGAGCUGCUAUUUAGUCUAACAGAGAAAACUGUUGAAGAGCUUAAACGUGUUCAGUAUGGAGUAUUUGUGCAAGAACUGGUAAAGCUCAGUGUGCCAAAGAUGUUCCUGCUGGAAGCUGUGGAGGAGCAUAAAAAAGAGAUGGUUGUUAAACAUGAACAGCUUGAGAGGGAAGAGCGUGACAAGAGCAUGGCUGCUGAAGAGCUGCUUCAGCUCAUCGGGCAGAAGCUGAGCCAAGAACUGGAAACGAGACUUUUGGAACAAAAAAAAUUAAGGAGCUGGGAACAAUCAGUAUUCAUGCAACUUCUAAGUUUACCCCUCUCACUAUCAGAAGAGGAAUUGCUUAGAAUGAGGCAAGAGCUGCACUGCUGCUUUUCUCAGGUGGACAGCAGCUUGGCUUGGCCUAAGAUAAGAGCCAGAACCUUGCUUCAGGCUUUUGAGGUGGAGCGGAGGAACACAGAACUGCUGAAAGUGGAUCAGAAUUCAGCAAUGACCAGUAAACAGCAGCAUUCUAAAAUGAAAAAAACAGGAUCCAGGAAUAGAAGUAAGAUAGAUAUUCUGAAGAAAUCUUUACAGGACAAAAUUCUCAUUUAUGAAGACUCGGUGAAAGAUGAAAAUUUGAGUAAGGUGAAGUAUGAGUUGCUGCUUGAGAAGGAGUGUCAACUACGUGAUCUGGAAAAUAACCUUGGAGAGUAUAUUGCUUCUUUAGCCUUUCAAAAGACUGUUAAAAAAUCCAAAAUGUUGGAGUUGUAUACUGCUAUCAUAAGUGUGCAAGCUUUGCUCUUUGAACAACUGAGCACAUCAAAAACCCUGUCAAAAUUGGAAUGUAUUCAGAUUUUGGAAGCACAUAAUCCUGAGAUUGAAGAACUUGACAGGAAGCUGGAGUAUGAGAUGUUGCAUAAGGAGUCAGCUCAGCAGCAGCAGCAUCUAAUGAGUAGGCAGAGGUGGACUCCGGAUGGAUUGGGACUUUCAAAUGAAGCUGUGGAAACGAAUGCAGACAGACAGGUGACAGUUCUGCUAAGACAGGCCAUGAAUAAAUGUAGGCAAUUUAUAAAUCUGCACCAGCAAAGCUUGAGAGAUGAGCAAUGGAAUUGCGCAGUGCUUGAAGAUCUCCUGGAAAAUAUAGAAAUGGAUGCAUUUUUGGCACUUUAUAGUCAGGAGCUCCGACUGGCAGGUUAUUUAGCUAAACUGACGAGGGUACCAAUGGGGAUGUUGCACAGGAUCCUGAACUUGUUGCUGCCCUCCAGCUCACAAAGUGAGGUUCUUUCUGUCCUUGAUUCCAUCAGUAAAUAUUCAGAUGGUGUUGCUGAAAGUGACAGUAAUGCAGAUGAGUCUGGCAGCUGUAAGAAAAGGAAGAACCAGGAGUUGUGGCAAGCACUGGAGAACAAAGUAAGGCAAGAUCUGAUAAACAGAAGUUUAGAAAAGCUCCCUUCUCUAAACAAGAGAGAAGACAGCUUGAUAAAGAAGAAGCAACUUGCCCUCUUGGAAAAAGCAUCACUCAUUCAUCUUGGAUAUUCGGCUACACAUCCUCCUAUGGAACAGUCUGAUCCACCUGGUCCUUUGAACACUGCAACUGCCGAAGCCAUAGAGCUAUUAGAUACAGGGGAGAAGGUAUUUUUGUUCCGCGAGCCGAGUGAUCCAAUACUUUCUUUGCAUAAUUCUCCAAGGAAAAAGAAAAAGAACUUUCUUAAUUCCAAAAAGGCUGCUCGUGCAAAUAUGGACUCAUGAGGGUGACUUCCAUUCAAAAUAUCAAUUAGGGAAGAGGAAGUUAUUUAAAAUUCAGUAAAAUAAUGAGAAAGGAUGAAAUGUGCAGUUUAAAUAACACGUGCGUGUUAC